CAGAAGAUGCGUCGCAGAUUAGGCGCGCCCAAGGAUCACCGCCUGAGUGGAACCAAUAAAUUCAGUGGACAAAGAAAAAGGUUGCGGACGCCGAAGAGUGAAGAAGCAAUGCCGGGGGAGACCUGACACAGGCGGUCGUGGGGCGUAGUUCUGAUGCCUCCCAUAUUAUUAACCAAUGUUGCCCAUCCGGCUUCGAUCCUAAAAUACUAGUGUACUGUUUAGUCAGCGGAAAGAGAGCAAGCAAUGAUAAACUUCAAGAUUCAAGGUUUCUUGAUGCAGAGCGAGAUUAGAUUAUCUGAUAUGCUUCCAUCACUCUGAUCGCCGCUCAGAAAUCACAAGCCAGCUGCGUCGCUUGAAAAAAUCACAGGCUGGGCGAGUGCUGCACGCAUAAUUCACAAGGAUUCGGAGGUGAUUCAUUUGGAGGCAGUCGCAGAUGCUAUAUAUGAAGCGUAUUGACGUCCUCGUCAGCUCCGGCGAGGGUAUUCACAAUCUCCAGAGUCGAGAUAGCGGAGCACCUGUCAAUUGAAGACGUGAGAUUUCGCAUAUCUUAUCAACACUGGUGCAAGUAGAGAAGAAACACCUGCGAGGGCUAACUCCAAUCGAGACAUUUCCAGGGGCACUAGGCCCGUGAACAUGCCGUAUAAAACUGCCCAGGGAUAAGGUGAGGCCGCUCGAGACAUUGGAAGGCUGGAAUCGCGCCAACUUUAGAAAUCACAUGCCAAUUCGUCCCGUCUACAAAAAUGCAAUCUCUUACCUCAUUCACACCGCCUUUUUCUUGCUCCUCCAAACAUGGCUUCCACGGUCCCUAUGCCCUCCUCUGACACCCCUGCGCCCCCAGAGGUCACCAUCCUCAACCGCUUCGCCUCGAUCCCCAUCGUGGGCUACUCCCUGCAGCAGAUCAGCUCCACGCUAUCGUCGAACGCGUAUACCGCCUCGUCAUACACGAAGGCCAAGGAUCUGUCGCUCACCGCAUACAACUACAGCGCCCCCAUCCAAGUCCGUUUCGCGCCCCUGAUCCAAUCAGUGGACGGGCUCGCGAACAAGGCUGUGGACGUCGUGCAGAGCAAAUACCCCUAUCCGUUCGAAGCGCAGCCCGAGGAAGUCGCCGAGUAUGUGCGCUCGCGUAGACAGAGCGUGGUCGAUUUCGUGGACCGACAGCAGCAGAGUGCGAACAAGACAAUCGAAGCGCGUGUCACUUCGCCUGCUUUGACGGCGGUCUCUGAGAUUGACCAGCGCUUCACACCCAUCGUCGACUAUCUCGAAUCGACCGCGGUGAACCGUCUGCACACCCCGGCGACGCCUGCCGAUGCGCAAUACCACUACCAAGCUGAACGCGUCUACGUGCUUUCGAAACAAGUCACCGGCCAGCUCUACGACUACUCCCAACACACCGUUCUUGCCCAACGCGCCAUGCAAACGACCGACGUCAUCGCUGCGCUCGCUGCCUCCACCAGCACCCGCAUCCACGCGCUCUCUGAUUCUCUCCUAGUCCAGCUGCAGCGCCUCCAGGGAUCGCUUGCUUCGACCAGUGCCUCAGUGCAGAGCUCGACCGCUACCGCCUCCCACGAACUGACCGAUGCGAUCCACACUCUGAGCUCCAUCGUGACCACUCCUGACCUCACGGUCCAAGACAAGCUUGCCCGUGUCGGCGCAGAGGUGCAGGGCCGCGUGCGUCCCGUCCUCGAUAACGUGCUGCGCAUCGUCCAGCGACAUAGCCCGGCAGAACCCGCCGACCCGGUCGUUGGCAACGGCCAUGUCGAGUAAUUGCCGGCCUACUAUUCGUUCUUGCGAUCCGUGAUAGACUAGAUACGACUGUAAGAUACGAGACGAACAUUGUACGAGACUCGCAGAGUUGUUCAAUUAUCGAUAUAUGCACGUCCCAGAUCCAGAUUGAAAGAUGUGGUCUAAGUAUAAUAGAUAUGUGUAUAUGGUAGAGACCGGUCCAGACCUCCGCCGGCUCACGCAGCCGCCGGGAUACGACGGGGUUCCGCAAGAAUGUGCCUUGAAGAAGCGUGGAGGGGCGGAGAUCGAGGGGAGUCUACGGAAAGCGGUGGUGACGGGUACGAGUCGGUCGGCGAAAGAGGCAUCGGCGGUGUCACCCGAAUCGUCAGCGGCGGAGCAUUGUGAUGAUGAUGGUGAUUGUGUACGUGUGGCUGCUGGGAGUGAAGAUAAGGAUGCGGGAGCAGGGGUGGCUUGACCGAGUUCAGCGCCACUGACGGGGCACGCGGCCGGCCGUGCAGGGCUGUGAUGCCAUCCGUUCCAGUCGUCUCUGCACUCGACUCGCUCCUGCCAGAAAAGACAGCGGCCUCCUCUUUCGUCGUUGGCAGCGCAAGGUCCCGGGCAGCUUCGACCCGCCGCAUCUGUUUCUCUCCACGUUCAACAUCGCCCUUGGCGUUGUUGUACAUGUACAAUCCGGUGAAUCGAUGCAGAUCACCCACACUCGCUUGAUGAGCGAGGCGAUGGAAUAGGUCACCGGAGAGGUCGACGCCAGGAUGACAAAGGCAAUGAUGUUUUGCGCAAAAUGCACUGUUCCGUUCAUGAAGAAAUAGUACCACACGCCGUGGGCUGCCGGCUUGGCUGAGGAUGCAGCAGCCGAAGGCACAGAAGACAGGAGGCGCGGCAGGUCGUAGUACA